AUGGAGAAGAAAAAUCAGAAUCAAGUGGACAAGAAGAAACAGAAUCGGAUGGAAAAGAAGAAACAUAAUCAGAUGGAGAAGAACAAGCAGAAUUGGAUGGAGAAGAACAAGCAGAAUCUAAUGGAGAUGAACAAACAUUUUAGCCAAGUGAUGUGGCUAUUACUCAUUCAAGAAGCAGAUUGUUACAGAGAUUCAGAGAUGUGGUUUGUUGUGAAUGGGAUACCAAUCCAAUUCUCAUUGAUGGAGUAUGCAUUAAUAUCUGGACUGAAAUGCUCAAAGUACGCUAAAGGUUGGAAAUCUCAAGCUGAGUCAAAAUUAUUCAAAGAUAGACACUUUCGUGAAAGACCUUCAUGCAUUCUCAUUGACGACUUAAAGACCAAAUUAAAACAAUUGUCUGACAAAACCAAAAGAAAAAAUCAUGGAAGAAGAAUGAAGUUAACAAUGAAAUAUUAA